AUUAGAGAGAGGGACUCCCAACAACCGAAAUAAUGCCCUCUCUCGAGACCCACAGGUAGGGAUCGGGCUCGAAUCACGACCUCAGGAUCCAGCUUUUCUACGCAGAAGCAAGCUCCUCAACUCCCGGCCCCCUGCAAACAAAAAGACACAGGCAAUAUUGCUCGAUCAUCAUGGGGCCUCCGUCAGAGCCUGGUUUCUGGCGGUCGUCGAUUAAUAACGGCAGCCCAUCCAACCCCCCCGAUCCUUCAAAGUCUUCGAAAGGCGGAGGAGGCCAAGGAUCUUUUGGAGGACUUAUCAGUUGUUUCCUCCCCUGUGGCGUCAAGUCCGCAAAGGAGGAAGACCAGGAUAGCAGCAGCCGAACCACCACUCCGUCAAAUGACGUCUCCUGCAGCUUUUACGGGUCGAAAACAUCGAGCGUGAGCAGCACCAGCCUCUCUAAGUUAAGCAGAUUCAGCGGUUCGUACGGCGCGGACGAUGAUGGACGAGGAACGAGAGACUUCUCCAUCGCAGAUAUCUCCAGGGCCACCCGAAACUAUUCCACAGAAAAUAUAAUCGGACAAGGAGGCUUUGGGACUGUUUACAAGGGGAAACUCAAAGACGGCACUCUUGUUGCUGUUAAGCGCGCCAAAAAGAAUCUGUACCAACGACUGUCAUCCGAGUUCAAGAGCGAGAUCGAAACGUUGUCGAAAGUAGAGCAUUUGAACUUGGUCAGAUUCCUUGGAUACCUGGAGCAUGAUGACGAACGCAUUGUUGUGGUUGAGCAUGUUGGAAAUGGGACUCUGCGGCAACAUCUUGAUGGCAUUCAUGGGGAAGUGCUGGAGAUCGCAGCUAGGCUGGACGUUGCCAUUGAUGUAGCUCACGCAAUCACUUACUUGCACAUGUACACAGAUCAUCCCAUCAUCCACAGGGACAUAAAGUCAUCCAAUAUCCUACUCACCGAGAAGCUCCGAGCCAAGGUUGCGGAUUUCGGGUUCGCCCGCCUAGCGGCUGAAGACCCAGACGCGACCCAUAUCUCAACUCAGGUCAAAGGCACUGCUGGGUACUUGGAUCCAGAGUAUCUCCAAACCUACCAGCUCACAGAGAAAAGUGACGUCUACUCUUUCGGCGUCCUCCUCAUCGAGCUGGUCUCUGGACGGAGACCCAUUGAGAGAAACCGAAGUUCGAAGGAAAGAAUCACUGCACAUUGGGCAAUGCAGAGAUUGAAAGAAGGGGGCGGGGUGCUGGCAAUGGACCCAAGGCUGAGGAGGAGCCCGACGUCGAUCAUGGUGGUGGAUAGGGUGCUGAGACUUGCCAAAGAGUGUGUGGCAGCGUCCAGGAAGUCUCGGCCGUCAAUGAAGAAGUGUGCAGAGGUGUUGUGGGGGAUCAGAAAGGAUUUCAGAGAGAUGCAGCUCUCCUCCUAAGGAUUUCAGAGAGAUGCAGCUCUCCCCUCCUCUUCUACUUCUUCUUCCAAUGUCCUCACUUGCAAUGUUGAGUGAGUGACUAAGGGAGGGUUAGUGUUUGAUUUUGGGAACAUAUGUUCGAGUUUUUGAUGUACAGAGACUUGUUUGUAAAGGUUAAAUUUCUCCUUUCACAAAUGUGUGCAUGUCAUCAAGUUGACUUA